AUGGGCAAAGGAACCGACAAGUUGUACAUCACCCACAGCGAGUGGUCCUCUGAAGACGCAUUCGGAGCCAACGCUGGAGCGAAAGCACGAAAGAAUGCAUCCAACAGCCUCGCCGGCGCCAGCUUCAAGCGACUUCCCUUCAACUUCUGCGCAUUAUCACUCCAACCCUUCGAGCACCCAGUGUGCACCGCCGACGGCACGAUCUUCGACCUCACCAACAUCCUUCCCUGGCUGAAGAAGCAUGGCACAAAUCCAGUCACAGGAACGCCUCUCAAGAGCUCCGAGUUGAUCAAGCUGCACUUCACCAAGAACGAGGACAAUGAGUUCACGGAUCCAGUCACAUUCAAACCCAUCACCGACAACACACAUCUGCUGGCAUUGCGGAAUACAGGCAAUGUCUUCAGCUACGAUACCGUAGAGCGGUUGAACAUAAAGGCGAAGAACUGGCGAGAUUUGGUCACAGACGAGGAAUUCAAAAGAAGCGACAUCAUCACAUUGCAGGAUCCGCAAAAUGUUGAGUCUCGCGAUCUCAGCAAAUUCAAGUACAUUCAAGAAGGCGCAGACACACUUACAGCGACACAACAAGCCGAGCGAGCGCCUGGCGUGAAUGACCAGAAUCUAGGAUCUGCGGCGAAAAUCCUCAAGGCGAAAGAGGCUGUCGCAAAAGCCCGCGCCGAACGAGAAGCGAAGACAUCCGGCCAGGCGAAUUCUUCCACCUCUCUCCAGCAGUCUCGGAAGCCUGCACAAUCCGCGUCCGCAAAAUCCUCAAAACCAGCCGCCUACAAUGCCGCCCAAUAUUCCACCGGCGCUGCCGCAGCGUCGUUCACCAGCACCGGUCUCACACCCACCACAUCGACCGCCCUGACCACACUGUCCGACGAAGAAUACCUCCUCAAACCUCGCCGCGUACGCGCACCCGCUCAUGUCCGCCUCGCCACAACUCACGGCUCCCUACACUUCGAGCUCUACCCCGAAUUCGCGCCCAAAGCUGUUUGGAACUUCCUCACUCUCGCCCGCCGCGGCGCCUAUAACGGCGUUUCCUUCCAUCGCAAUAUUCCGAAUUUCAUGAUUCAAGGUGGAGAUCCUACAGGCACCGGCCGCGGAGGAUCUUCGUGCUGGGGAAAGAGCUUCGCGGAUGAAUUUGAGGGACCGAAGGUUUGCGACAAGAGAGGUGUGGUCGCAAUGGCGAACAAGGGCAAGGAUACGAAUACCUCGCAGUUCUUCAUCCUGUAUCGCGCUGCGAGACAUUUGGACAGGAAACAUACAGUUUUCGGAAUGGUCGUUGGAGGAUGGGAGACGCUGGACAAGUUGGAGAAAGUGGAGAGUGAUGAUAAAGGAAGGCCAUUGGGAGAUGGAUGUAUGAUUGAGGAGGUAUCAGUGCUGGUGGAUCCGUUCGAAGAUUUUUUGAAGGAGCGGGACGAGAAGGAGAAGGAGGAGGAGAGGAAGGAGAAGUUGAGGAGGGAAGGUGGUGCUGAGGAUGAGAGAGUCACAUGGACCGGCAAGAGGUUGAGAGAGGAUGGCAAGCCAGCUGAUGGUGGUGCGAGUGGAGUUGGGAAGUAUUUGAAGAGUGCGGCUGCGAAUGGCAAGGUGCAGGCGGAGGAUGAAGACGAGAUCUUGGAGGAGGUGCCGAUGGAGGAGUGGGAGGGCGGAACAGAGAGCCUGGAAUCAUCAUUACCUGCGAAGAAGAAGGCGAAGACUGGUGGUGGAUUUGGAGACUUCAGUGGGUGGUGA